GAAUACAGGGUAAAAAACGACUUUCAACAAAUCGAAACAUUGUUUUUAUUUUCAUUGUUUUUGUUUUGAAGAAUUUUUUAUUUACAAAUUCACCCAAAAAAAAGUAUUCUUCACAUCGGCUAUAUAUAUUUUUGUCGAAUCAAAUCCAAAUGUCUUCAGUAUUUAGUAUAAAAAAUCUAGUCCGUACAUUAUCAUUAUCAGUACCAUUAACAUUAAUAUUUUUUGAUAAUAUUGCCUAUAUUGCACGUGUUGAUGGUGUUUCUAUGCAACCAACAUUAAAUCCCUGUGAUUAUGAUGAAAAUAAUUUCAAUGAUAAUGAUAAUACUGAUGAUGAUGAGAUUGAUUUAAAUGGCAACAGCAACAGAAUUACUCAGAAAUUAAAAACAGCAUUCAACGACAAUGAUCGACGAUCGAUAAAUAUUAAAAAUUUAUUAUUCAAUCGUUUCAAUUCAUCCGAUUUAAUAUGGUUAUCACAUUGGGCAACACGUAAUUAUCAAAUUGAACGUGGUUAUAUUGUUAGUUUAAUAUCACCGAAUAAUCCAAAUCAAAUUAUUAUAAAACGUGUAAUUGGUGUUGAAGGUGAUACUGUUGUUACAAGAAGAAAUUUUAAAUUCGAAACAAUACGUAUACCGAAAGGACAUUGUUGGGUUGAAGGUGAUAAUCAUACGAAAUCAAUGGAUUCAAAUAUAUUUGGUCCAGUUUCGGUUGGUUUAAUAACAGCACAAGCAAAAUAUAUAAUAUGGCCACCAAAACGUUGGCAAUCAUUAACAAAACAAAUGCCUAAUGAUCGUAUAUUACAUCAACAAUUUCAAUCAUCAUUUAGAAAAUUUAAAGGUUCAUAUUAUAAUGGUGAAUCAUGUAUAAUUGAAUUGAAUGUUGAUCCAUUAUCAUCUAGCAGCAGCAUUGUACAGCAUCAUCAUUCGCCAUCCAACACAUCAUCUAAAUUGGGUUUGAUAACAACGAUUUUGGAUGAAGAUUCAUUCUAGAAUUAGGACUAAAAAAAUUAUUAUUAUUGUUAUUGCAAAUAAUGAAUUCUGUGAAAUUUUAUUAUCCUGUAUUUUUUUUUGUUGAAUCCAAAAUUUUAA